AUGUUUGAUGGUUGGGGCGAGGGGUCGCCCCUCCACUACUCAGAGGGCCACUCCAACCGUCUGCUGUCCCUGGAGAAGACGUUUGAUCGUCCUGCUAAAGACUCCCAGUGUCACCAUAUGCUGAAGCACCUCCGCCACGGGGCCCGCAUCACCGUCCAGAUGCCCCCCAACAUAGAGGGGCACUGGGUCUCCACCAGCUGUGAGGUGCGCCCUGGCCCAGAGUUCCUGACGCGGUCGUACCGGUUCUUCCCCAACAACACGUUCCAGGCCAACCAGUUCUACUACGGGGACAACCACUGCACCAACCCCACCUACACCCUGGUAGUCCGGGGACGGCUGAGGCUUAGACAGGCCUCCUGGAUCAUCAGAGGAGGAACAGAGGCUGACUAUCAGCUCCACCGCACACAGGUGGUGUGUCACAGCGCGGCGGUGGCCCAAGACCUGAGCCAGCGGUUGAACCGGAGCUGUCGUGGCGCCGUGAGGAGCAAUGCACCAUGGGAACCCAAUGUGAACUAUGAGCUGUGGAGUGAGGAGGGCGGCUGUGACUGCUCCAGGGAGCUCAACUUCUCCAUGCACGAGCUGCAGCUGCAGCGUGUAGAGAAGCAGUACCUCCAUCACAACGUGGACCACCUGGUUGAGGAGCUGUUCCUGGGAGACAUCCACACUGAGGUGGCCCAGAGGAUGUACUAUAGGCCGUCCAGCUAUCAGGUUGCAUUACAGAAUGCCAAGAACCAUGACAACGGCUGCGUCGCCUGUCAUAUCAUCUAUCGGUCAGAUGAGUUCCGCCCUCCCAUCCUGGUGCCGCGGGCGGACAUGACAGUGGGGCUGUAUGGCCAGUGGGUGAGCCAGCGCUGCGAGGUCCGCCCUGAGGUCCUCUUCCUGACCCGUCACUUAUUCUUCCAUGACAACAACCAGACCUGGGAGGGUCACUACUACCACUACUCUGACCCCGUCUGCAAACACCCCUCCUUCAGUAUCUACGCUAGAGGGAGGUACAGCCGAGGGACGCACUCUACUAGAGUUAUGGGAGGCACAGAAUUUGUCUUCAAAGUGAACCACAUGCGUGUGAUGCCCUUGGACCUGGCCACCACCUCCCUCCUCAACGUGUUCAACGGUAACGAGUGCGGCGUCCAGGGCUCCUGGGAGGUCGGAGUUGAACAGGACGUCACCCUGACCAAUGGCUGCGUGGCGUUGGGGAUACGCCUCCCGCACACAGAGUACGAGCUGUUCCGGAUGGAGCAGGACGCCCACGGACGAUACCUCCUCUACAACGGACAGAGACCCUCCGACGGGUCCAGCCCCGACCGGCCGGACAAACGAGCGACCUCGUACCAGAUGCCCCUGGUCCAGUGUUCCGCUAGCAGUCGGAGGUCAGAGGGCAUGGGAGGGGAGGACGAGGACCAACCCCUGAGGCUGAGUAAUGGUGGAACGACGUGGAACCAGAACAGCAGGAACUUUUCUGCCGUUCUCGCAUCGUUGGUUUCACUUCUGUUGUUCCAGUGCCAUUAGUUAAGGAAUAGACUGACUGACUAAAGUAUGUUUUUUUUUUUACAUAGAGACACUGACGAGAGAGAUUAUAGUGUGAGUGUGAGUGUACUGUGGACCGUGAUUAUAGUGUGAGU